AGGCGCAUCGGGUGGACGGACUGCAGCAUCCACCUGCAUCCUCUUGCAUCCCGCGGGCGCAUUAUCCUCCCCCUCCUCUCUCUGACUGACCUGAACUGUCUGAACUCAGCACGCAAACACUGAAAGCGAUGGCAGCCGGCGGAGGAUGCGCGGAAUCUGUGGAUCAGUACCGAGUUGAAGUGGAGAGGCUGACUCGGGAGCUUGCCGAGGCGAACCGGGAGAAGAUCCGGGCUGCGGAAUGCGGUCUGGUGGUGCUAGAGGAGAAUCAGACGCUCAAACAGCAAUACGCGGAGCUGGAGUCCGAGCAGGAUGCUCUGAGACAGGAGUUAGAGCAGCUGCAGGAGGCAUUCGGUCAGGCAUACACCAACCAACGAAAGACAGCUGAGGACGGUGAGACGCAUGAGGAGACCUUGUUGCGGGAGUCUGCCUCUAAAGAAGCCUAUUACAUGGGACGUCUAGUGGAUCUACAGAGCCAGCUUAAAGUGAGCAGCUCCGCGGCCUCUAACGCUCAAGCCGAGACUGAACGUCUCAACAUCCUGGGACAGGAACUCAGAGAGAACAAUGAGAUGUUGGAACUUCAGAGGAACAGGAUGAGAGAAGAAAUCAGAGAGUAUAAGUUCAGAGAGACAAGACUCCUGCAGGACUAUACUGAACUUGAAGAAGAAAACAUCACUCUGCAGAAACUGGUGUCAACACUUAAACAAAAUCAGGUAGAAUACGAGGGUUUGAAGCACGAAAUUAAAGUCCUUGAGGAGGAGACGGUGCUCCUCAACAGCCAGCUGGAGGACGCCUUGCGUUUGAAAGACAUUUCUGAGGGCCAGUUAGAUGAGGCACUGGACGCGCUGAAGAAUGAGAGAGAACAAAAAAACAACCUGAGAAAGGAACUUUCCCAUCAUCUCAGCCUGACAGACAGCGUGUAUGGACCCAGCACUCACCUGACCAUCUCUGCCGUGGAGGGGCUGAAGUUUUCAGAUGAGACAGCAAACAUUUCUGCCUCCGGGUCAAGUCCCAAUAAUGAGGAUAGUAACCGGUGUAAUGAGUCUAAUGGGCACGGACUGAAGUUGAAUGGUGAAUUCCAUCGACCUGGAGGCAGGAAGGGCGAAGUGCUGCACCCUGUAUCUGAUCUCUUCAGUGAGCUGAACCUGUCCGAGAUACAGAAACUCAAACAACAGCUAUUGCAGGUGGAGCGAGAAAAGGCAUCUCUGCUUACCAACCUGCAGGAGUCUCAAACUCAACUACAACAUACACAGGGUGCUUUAACAGAGCAGCACAUGCGCGUUCACCGCCUCACCGAAAGUGUCAAUGCCAUGAAGCGUCUCCAUAGCGACAAGGAGUUUGACACGGAGGAGACCGAAAAGUGUGAUGGGCUCUUUAACGGUUGCUGUGAGUAUGAGACGGACACCAAUGGAAUAGAGAUCCUAGAGUGUAAAUAUCGAGUCGCCGUUACUGAGGUCAUUGACUUGAAGGCAGAGCUUAAAGCCUUAAAAGAAAAGUAUAACCAAUCUGUGGAGAGCCAAUCAGAAGAGUGCAACCGCAGAGAAGGAAAGGUCAAAGCUCUGGAAGAGCAGGUGAAGCGUUUGGAGAAAGCUUGCCGUGAGGGCAGAGAGCGUGUUAAUAGCCUGGAGGCGGAGCUUCAGGGCACUUUGGGUGUGGCUAAUGAGAGUAACAGUAUGUUGAAUGCUGCUCAGGAUGAGCUGGUUACGUUUAGCGAGGAACUCGCUCAGCUUUACCAUCACGUCUGCUUGUGCAACAACGAGACGCCAAAUCGCGUCAUGCUGGACUACUACCGUCAGAGCAAAGUCACGCGAAGCGGAAGUCUCAAAGGCACGGAUGACCCAAGAGCCCUGCUUUCUCCACGGCUAGCUCGCCGUCUUGCUGCCAUUAACUCAUGUUCAGACAUGUCCAAGAGUCCUCAAGAUUCUCCAUCAAAGGAACCCAUGGGAGAAGGAUCGGGAAGUCCCAACAAAACCCCAUUCGGUUCCCCAGUCCACUCUUCAUUACUCUCCGCCUCCCCGGUGCCAGAGACCGGAGAUCUCCGCAAGGAGCCCAUGAACAUCUACAACCUUAACGCCAUCAUCCGUGACCAGAUUAAACAUCUGCAGAAGGCCGUCGACAGAUCGCUCCAGCUGUCCAGGCAGAGAGCUGCAGCACAAGAGUUGGCGCCCAUUUUGGAUAAAGACAAGGAAGCCUGCAUGGAGGAGAUCUUGAAGCUCAAAUCCCUCCUGAGCACCAAGAGAGAGCAGAUUGCCACCUUACGCCUUGUCCUCAAAGCCAAUAAACAGACAGCAGAGGUGGCCUUGGCUAACCUGAAGAGUAAAUAUGAGAACGAGAAGACCAUGGUGGUGGAGACAAUGAUGAAGCUUAGAAAUGAACUGAAGGCUCUUAAAGAAGACGCAGCUACCUUUUCCUCACUGAGGGCGAUGUUUGCCACAAGAUGUGAUGAGUAUGUUACUCAACUAGAUGAGAUGCAGAGGCAGCUGGCAGCCGCAGAAGAUGAAAAGAAAACUCUGAACUCGCUGCUCCGUAUGGCCAUUCAACAGAAACUGGCGCUGACCCAGCGGCUGGAGGACCUGGAAUUCGACAACGAGCAGUCGCGCUCUGGCCGCGGAGGGAAAUCGGUACGAUUCAGGAGCAGCCCUCAAAAAUUUCUCUUAGAUUGUCACCAGUCUGCUGUCUCAGUACCGUCCACCUCCUCACAACUGAGACAUGGGGGGCCAUCGACAGGCAAAAGUAGUCCUAAUGUUUUGUUAGCUCUUCAAGAUGACCAGACACCUGAGACCAGAUCCAGACUUCCAUGUGACCCUUUCAAGUGUCUGGCCCAUCACUCUCACCUUGUUGGAUAGGAGGGAGGCAAAUCAGCAACCCAGCCAAUCAGGAGCUCCUCUUGUUGUGUGAUCCUGUCCUAACUUUACCCUCAAACACUGAGACCCAUGAAUAGGUUGUAUUUAAUGCUUAGGGUAAAUAUAGGAAAAUUGUUUAUUUGCACUUAUUUUACACUUUAUCUAUUUAUCUUAUUUAUUUUUCUAUUUAAACUUAUUUAUUUGUUUAAGUAAGGUGCGUAUGAUAUGGAUUUACUUACAGUUCUGCUCCAUAAAAGCCCUUUUUACUGUAUUGACUAUAAUCUGUCUGUAAAUCUCUUCCUCCGUUUUUAUUUUUCUCAACGUUAAGGUUAACUCUUUGCCUACUGUAAAGCACAAAUGUAUUGAUCUUUGCAUUACGAAACAUCACAGACAUGAGAGAUUUAAUGGUUUUUGUGGUUGUUUUUAAUAAAUAAGUAACCACAAAACACAUUUCAGACUCAUUUACACACCUAAAGGUUAUUGGUGUGUCAAAUGCUGUUUAAAUAGUACACAAAACUUUUCAAAACAAAACAAAUGUGUUGUUAAACUGGAACAAAGAUCUGCCUAUUGACCCGCAAAGUUGGAUAGAAUAUUAAUGGAGUCUGGAUAUUAAUUCAUUGUCUUUCUCAGCUUCCAGUUCUCUAUUUUUUGGUCUAACCAAUUUACAUGGUGUUGUUAGAUGGUACUUUUUCUGCGUGCGGCCCACCUUGUGUACGGCACAUUCCUUUGCGGCCCCUCCAAAGAAUAUUUAUGACAAAAAACUGUUCUAAAACUCAACUUAUUGAGUUAACAAAACAUAUUAAAUGAUACAAAGUAUUGCUGUUGGUUAGUAUACUUAUUUUUUUAGGUUUAAUUGCACAGAAUUCAUGAUAAAUUAAUUUUAUAAAAUGUCAUAAAACUGGGGCCCCCCAGGCACCAUCUCGUGGCCCCCUUUGAGAACCACUGUUUUAGACUAUAUAUGUUUAUUUUGGAGCACUUUCAACCAGACAAGUAGUUUUAUUAUUAAACAGCCGGGAUUAAGUUAUACAUUUGGGGCCCGUUUCAUAAAAGAGGUUUAGUGAAAAGUAUGUUAACCCUAAAAUAAGGGAGUUUUCCGUUUCAGAAUAGGGGGUAUGUUAAACUCGAGAAAGCGGGUUAAGUCAAGCUAGGGGUGUAUUUCAGAAAGUGGGGUUACUUACCAUUAGCAAAACCCUUAACUUUUGGUUGAUUAACCUAAAACAUGUUUAUUCUGAUCAUGUUGGUUCCAAAACACCUGAUAAAAGUUAGUUCGAUCAACCUCCUACUGGUAACCUGCACACACAGGGAAUACAUGAAGACAUUUUCGAUUUCAAACAUACCCGGGUAAGUCAUAUAACCAGCUUUCAGGAAUACCCCCCUGUUACAGAAGGAGAGGUUACUUAUACAUAGAGUCAGUUUCCAGGGUAACAUUCUCUAUGAAACUAACCUGGAUGGGAGCAGGUUUUAUUGUGUUUCUUGCAGUCUCCUUCACAUUUAUAAAUGAGCAGUGGUCUUUAACCUCGCACCAUAAUAAUUAAUUCUGUGUAACUGGAACCUGUUGUACACAAACAUGGACAAAUACACUGCUUCAUGUUCUAAAAAAAAUAUUUGGUUAUUUUAUUUAUUGGUUCUACCUAACCCCAAAAUAGCUGGUAGAAAUCUGGAAAAAAAGACUCCGGUCUUAGGAGCUUAAAUAAAAAAAAAAAUAGUUCAUUCGGUACAUUCCAUAAGCACAUUUUUAUUGUAAAACAUUUUUAGCUGUCUUUAAGUUACAAUCAAAUUGAUACUUUCAAUUUAAAAUUUAAGACAGAAAUUGAAAUGACUUGUAAAGCCAAUUUGAUAUACUUAGGUGCAGAGACCGUAAGUGACCUUGAAGUCAUGUCCUUUAUAGGAUCAUGUAGAUAAUGAUGUUGCUUUCAUUUGUAGGGAGUUACAUUUACACUGGGAGAGGAUUUUGAGGAUAGUUUUUGUCAUGCAUUUUUUUGAGCGGUAUCAUUUUUCUUUGCAGUCAUUUAAGAUAUAUCAAAUAUAUCAGCUGGUGUAGUGGGUAGUGCUGCACCGUUGACGUACUUUCGGCGACCGGAUUUUGAAUAGCGACAUACUUUGGUUUUAUUAAUGUCAAACUUUUGUAAAUAUAAGGUGAAAUAACUUACAAUGUUCAGUUCAUUUACUUCUAAUAUUUUAACAGUAAUGAAAAAUUAAGCUUAAGGAUUGACUAGAGCAGCAAUUUUCCACAACUCUUUUCUUUAAAAUCUGAUUGCAUAUUUAAUAUAAUAGAUGUGUGUAGUUGCUAUACACUAGCAGCAGCACAUCCCGUUUUACUAGUAAAAAGAAUCCGGUCCUCUAUUUUGCAUGCUGUUGCCAUGGCGAAUCUAAUAUAUCAGCUCUACUGAUGAUGGCUUUUCAUAGUGGCUGUGUGCGUGUUAACUCAGAGUCAGUUUACUCAGAGUUGC